AAAACGAAAGGCUCUGCGUUUGUAAUGCGCGAGCGUGUGUAUGUGUGUGUGUGUUUGUAAUGCGCGAGCGUGUGUGAUAAGGAGGUGGGGGUGAGAGACCCCGUUGUGUUUUGACCCCCUAAACAACUCCCAGUCUCCAUCUCCCUCUCUUUCUCUCUGGUUUAAAGCUCCAUCGCUCAUCGUGGAGAGACGCAUUUGAGCUCAACGCGUCGCUUCAUGGACAUCGAUAGCGCGAAAAGGACGCGACAUCAUCUCAAACGCGCCGCUAACGCUGGAUACUCGGCCCGCUUCACGCUUCUGCUGCUACAGUGUUUUUAAGAGAGAGUGUCUCAUCUGCCGGUCUGGUGUGUGUUGUCCUCCGUCAGUGAGUGUGUGAGCUCGGCUUCCGUAUCGCAUGGAGAAGAGGUAUGAGGAGUUGGUGCAGUACCCAGGCUCUGACGCCAUGCCUGUGGGAGGCUACCGGGACGCCAUGAGGUCACUUCCUCCGCCUCACUAUGGCCACACUGUGCCUGACUCCCUGAAACACCACCGGGACCAGAUCUACGGUCAUCCGCUGUUUCCACUCCUGGCUCUGGUAUUUGAAAAGUGUGAACUUGCCACUUGCUCACCACGAGACUCCAUCUCUAUGUCAAGCUCCGCCCACCUCCACGGCAUGACCAACCACAGUGAUGUCUGCUCCUCUGAAUCGUUCAAUGAUGAUAUCACAGCCUUUGCCAAACAAAUUCGAUCAGAGAAACCCAUCUUUUCAUCAAAUCCAGAACUGGAUAAUCUGAUGAUCCAGGCCAUUCAAGUUCUACGGUUUCAUCUAUUAGAGCUAGAAAAGGUUCAUGACCUCUGUGAUAAUUUCUGUCAUCGCUACAUCACCUGUCUCAAGGGCAAGAUGCCCACUGAUUUGGUGCUGGAGGACCGGGAGGGGGGAUCCAAAUCUGACGUGGAAGAUUUCACUGGUUCUUGCACCAAUCUGUCAGAACAAAAUCAGUCUUGGUUGCGUGACCCAGAUGACUGUGUGUCGACCCCCUCGGGCACCCCCAGCGCCUCCUGUGGCCUCACCUCACACAGCAUGGAGAACUGCAGCGAUGCGGGGGAUGGGUUGGACGGAAGCGUGGCGUCGCCCAGCACAGGAGAAGAAGAUGAAACGGACAGAGACAGACGAAACAACAAGAAAAGAGGAAUCUUUCCCAAAGUUGCAACGAACAUCAUGAGAGCAUGGCUCUUUCAGCACCUGUCGCAUCCGUACCCAUCUGAAGAACAGAAGAAACAGCUCUCCCAAGACACGGGUCUCACCAUACUGCAGGUCAACAACUGGUUUAUAAAUGCCAGACGCAGAAUAGUCCAGCCAAUGAUUGACCAAUCAAAUCGCUCAGGCCAGAGUGCUCCGUACAGUCCGGAGGGGGCAGCUCUAGGAGGAUAUGGGUUAGAUGCUCAGUCUCAUUUAGGUCUUAGGACAGCAGGACUUCAGGGAAUGCCAUCCCUGCCCACAGAUUACCCUGGGGCCCUUCUGCCCCAGCCGGGAUACUCCCACGCUGGCCCAUCCUUGCACCCCUACCCCGGCCCCCACACUGCCAUGCUGCUCCAUCCACCGCCCCACAGCCACCCCGCCGAACCCCUCAUAGGACAAGGCCUUGACAUUCACGCCCACUAACCGAGAGCGGAGCAGAGGAGGGUGCGCUGAAAACAGGACGGAAGGGUACAUUGACUUUGCAGUACCGCACCAAACCUUCAGGGCAUCACCGCAGUCCACACAUAGUGACUCUGAGAAUGUCUUAAAUGCACUGACCUGGCAUCAUAUAAAUGUAUCAAAAUGUCCAUUUUAUGCACUCAGCUCCCAUGUCAAAUGCCUGACAGACUUGUUACAUUCCUUACAUACAUUACUAUCCCAUCUGCUCAUGACAAUGCUCUGAAUGCACUGUACCCAAUACAUCUAACUGCUAGUUUUAAUGCACAUUGCAGCGUUUGAAUGAAUAUACCCAUGUCUUCCUAUGGCCUUAGGGGUGAGUUGAAAUCUCCCUUAAUCCAACAUGAAGGCCUUCAUUGCCUUUCUUGCCUUGCCUCCGAAAACCCUCUCGAGGAGCACAAAUGGAAAACCACAGCAUAUACCUCCUCAGUCAGGACCCAAGAAAAGCAUAUCAAAACGUCCUGAAAUAGAGAUGAACUUUUGCACCAAAUCCAUAUAACCUGUAAACUGCUGAACAUGCAUAAAGGAUUAGUUCACUUCAGAAUUAAAAUUUCCUCAUAAUUUACUCACCCCCAUGUCAUCCAAGAUGUUCAUGUCUUUCUUUCUUCAGUCAAAAAGAAAUGAAGGUUUUUGAGGAAAACAUUCCAGGAUUUUUCUCCAUAUAGUGGACUUCAGUG